AUUUCUUUGGUGGGGCUCGUGUUUAGUAACACUUCGAACGCUUGACGAUCUCCACAUGUGGGGAGUGUGCUGCGCCCGACGAUCGCAGCAAAUCAGCGUUUUCUUUUCGUGUGUGUUUUGACCGAGAGAGAGUGGGAGAGAGGGACGAAUAGAUAGAGAGAUCGCCAGAGUGAGACUUAAACAAUUUGCGGAUAGGACCAAAGGACCCAUCGAAGAUGUUACCCAGAGAUCUACGGCAUCUCUCGGGUUUGCUGGGCGCCGUUUACCUCUUGGGCAGCCUGGUGUCCCUGACCGUAGCGGAUGGAAAGAUUUGCAACACGACGAUAUGCGACUGCAAGGGCAUCAAGGGACGACAAGGUGCCCCAGGACCCAUUGGACGGGCCGGCUUGGAAGGUCCUAUGGGAGAUGACGGACCAUUCGGACCACCUGGCCCCAUCGGCGAGAAAGGAGAUGUCGGCGAGUACGGCGAACAAGGCGAGAAGGGCCAUCGCGGAGACAUCGGAACUAAAGGUGAAAAGGGCUUCCCUGGAAUAAUGGGACCAAGCGGCGAGCCGGGCACCCAAGGACCACGCGGAAUCGAUGGCUGCGACGGAAGGCCUGGCGAGCAGGGAACGGUUGGAGCGCCUGGUGUGAACGGAGGCCGUGGUCCUCCCGGAAAGCCUGGCCAACAGGGUCCUCCCGGAGAGGCCGGCGAAGGCGGCAUCAAUUCCAAGGGCACCAAAGGCAAUCGGGGUGAUCCAGGAGCCCCCGGCUCCAGGGGUCCACCCGGAUUCGAUGGCGAUCGCGGCAGCAAGGGAGACACCGGAUUCGCCGGCCAGACGGGAGAGAAGGGAGACCCGGGAUUCCAGGGACCCAAGGGCGACACUGGCAACAUAAACACUCUUCCCUACAUCCUCGAAGGUCCACCAGGACAGAAGGGUGAACCAGGAGACAGCCUGACCCCAGCCCUAAAGGCCACCGAUGAGGGAAUGAAGGGCUACAAGGGAUUCAUUGGACCCAUUGGUGACCCGGGACCAGAUGGACCCACCGGCGAGCAGGGUCCCGUGGGACGCAAUGGACUGCCCGGUGCCUUUGGCGAACAGGGAGCCCCCGGAGAGCGCGGUAAGCCCGGCAAGGAUGGAGUUGCCGGUCCGGAUGGCGAGAAGGGCGUGAAAGGUGCACCCGGAUGGACCGGCUUGGACGGAGUGCCUGGCAGCAAGGGAGAGCGGGGAGAAGAUGGCUUCGACGGCAUGCCCGGUGUUCAGGGAAACGCUGGUCCACCCGGAAUCUACGAUCCCAGUCUGAGUGAAUCGCUGCCGGGACCCAUUGGACCGCAGGGAGACAUUGGCGCGCCAGGAGAUCGAGGACCACCCGGUCAGCCGGGCAAGCCAGGACGUCGCGGACCCAUCGGUUUGGCUGGCCAGUCGGGAGAUCCCGGCUUGGGCGGCAAUCGUGGUCCACCCGGACGCAGUGAGCGAGGUGAUAGCGGUGACUAUGGCCGAAUGGGUCCAUUGGGACCCCAGGGUCCUACAGGCGAAGCAGGCCUCCCUGGCCGAUAUGGACUACACGGUGAUCCCGGCCAGAAUCUGGAGGGUCCCAAGGGCGAGGCUGGUCUCAAUGGACUGCCCGGUAAGGAUGGCUAUCGCGGUGAGCGCGGCGAGGUCGGUCUGCCCGGUGACAAGGGUCUGCCCGGCGAAGGUUACAACAUCGUUGGUCCUCCUGGCUCCCAGGGACCACCUGGAUUCCGCGGACGUCCCGGUGACGAUGGUCGCAACGGAUUGAGUGGCCUGCCCGGUGACAAGGGUCUGCGUGGUGACGACUGCCCCAUCUGCAAUGCUGGACCCCGAGGACCACGUGGUCAGGAGGGUGACACCGGCUAUCCUGGACGUCAUGGCAGCCGCGGCGAGCGAGGCCUCCUGGGACCACGUGGCGAAAGGGGACUGCCUGGAAACCCCGGAAGGGCUGGCCACCGAGGUCUUCCCGGCACGGCUGGUAUUCCCGGUGAGCCGGGUAAGAUUGGAGCACCUGGUGCCAAGGGAGCAGUGCUCACAGUCGGCGCACUCGUCAAGGGAGAACAAGGUGACGAUGGCGACAGUGGACGUCGUGGAGAACAGGGAUUGGAGGGUGAGAAGGGACUAUUUGGUCGUGUAGGCGAUCAGGGUGAGCGCGGAGAGCCUGGACAGCGUGGCGACUUUGGUGAUACUGGAUUCCCGGGUCGCGAUGGCCUAGCUGGACGCGAUGGAAAGAACGGCAUUGCUGGAAUCAACGCCUCCAAGCCCAAGAUCUACUUGACCGGCGAGCCAGGCUUCAAUGGACGCAAGGGAGAGCGCGGUGAUGAUGGAGACACUGGUUUCAAGGGCGUCAAGGGUGAGCCCCAUCCCGGCGAGAUCUACGACAACCGAGGAGACGUUGGCGAAGAUGGCUAUCCCGGUCUGCCCGGUGACCAGGGACCAAAGGGUGAGCGCGGCGAUGAUGGACGCAACGGAGAUGUGGGUGACCGUGGGCUGAUUGGCCUGUCCUAUCCCGGACCCCUUGGUGCCAAGGGCUAUCCCGGCCCAACAGGCGAUUAUGGACCACAGGGAGCUGCCGGUCUGCCCGGCUUGGAUGGUGAGCCCGGUCUGGAUGGCAACAAGGGAUACAAGGGACAGCGUGGUGUGCCCGGCCAAGCGGUGCUCCCGGGAGAGAUUGGACUACCUGGACUUCCGGGCAUCAAGGGUCUUCCCGGUGAUGUCGGCAUUCCAGGACUCUAUGGACCCUCCGGUCGUCCAGGACCCAAGGGAGCGAAGGGCGAGCAGGGACCCUAUGGCGCACCAGGACAAACAGGUCUGCCCGGCAACAAGGGUCAGCGCGGUGACUACCUAGUUGGACCAGCCGGACCCAAGGGUGAGCCCGGACGCAAUGGACGUCAGGCUCCGCACGGCACCAAGGGCCAGAAGGGAGAGGUGGGUCUGCAGGGACAGGAUGGACAUAACGGCGUAAAGGGCAACAUCGGCUUCUCUGGUCGUCGUGGUCUCCUUGGCAGUCCGGGUCUCCAGGGCUACCCUGGCAGUCCUGGCAUCGGCGGACUUCCCGGCAUGACCGGCGAAAUUGGAGAACAGGGAGAUAUCGGCUACGACGGACGGCAGGGAGACAUCGGUCCUCGUGGACCCAACGGCGAGUUCGGACCUAAAGGUCUCUCCGGUGAUGAUGGUCCGGAUGGCUAUCCCGGAACUAACGGAUUCCCAGGACCCAAGGGCGAGCCAGGAUCUCCCGGAUUUCCGGGUCGCGUGGGACCCAAGGGCGUGGCCGCCUACAGCGGCAUCAAGGGUGAUGACGGAGAAGCCGGAUUGACAGGACCAAUUGGUUACCGUGGAGCCCCCGGACAGAAGGGUCAGCGUGGACCCACUGGUGAUUCGCCCGUGGCCUUCGAUGGACCAGCUGGCCGGAAGGGAGAGCCAGGCAGUCCUGGACUCAAUGGAAUCAACGGUCGCUACGGACUGAAGGGCCAGCGUGGUGAUCGCGGUCUGGCUGGCCAAAAGGGUCAGCAAGGUGUGACUGGAGCCCAGGGAGUGGCCGGCUAUCGCGGACGCAAUGGAGCUCAUGGCCUCAAGGGCGCCACUGGCGAAGUGGGACCCGAUGGACCCAAAGGUGCCCAGGGUGAAGUGGGCGCCGUUGGCUUUGAUGGACGUCCAGGUCAGAUCGGUGACCAGGGACCUCGCGGACUUGUUGGACUGCAAGGAGAACAAGGUCUGCAGGGCGACGAAGGUGAAAUGGGAUUCCCAGGUCGCAUUCUGAAUGUGGAGGAUCGUGAAAUCUAUCGCGGUCUCACUGGAGAUCGAGGUCUUCAGGGUGAGCGUGGCGCCAAGGGUGAAAGAGGACAAAUUGGAUUCAUCGGAGCUUUGGGAGCUAAGGGCGAACAGGGCGACAUUGGCUUCCCAGGAUUGGCUGGCUUCGAUGGAGCUGCUGGAGUCAAGGGCUUCCAGGGUGACAAGGGACCCCGAGGACCAGCGGGCUACACCGGAGUGGCGGAGAAGGGAGACGAAGGUGAUGCAGGACUCGAUGGACGCUUGGGUCGUCCAGGACGACCGGGCCAGAAGGGAGCGCCCGGACCACCAGGAGAGAAUGGCGCGCACGGCAUGAUUGGACACCGUGGACCCGAGAUCGUGGGACCACCUGGACCACGUGGCGAUAUUGGCUUCCCCGGAACACCUGGACACAAUGGACGACACGGAUUGAUUGGACCCAAGGGAGAGCAGGGAGACAUUGGUCGCCAGGGAGAGCGGGGUGAGUCCGGAUAUGCCAUUGUGGGCAGGCAGGGAGACUUCGGAGAUGUUGGCUACCAGGGUGAGACGGGUUGGACUGGCGCCAAGGGCGAGCAAGGCUUCCCCGGACGUCCCGGACAAAAUGGAAGGGUGGGUCCCGCUGGACCUCGGGGACCCACUGGCGACGCCGGCUGGAACGGAAUCGAUGGCAUGGACGGACUUCCUGGUCCCAAGGGUCAGCCGGGCGUGACAUUCCCCUACUCCUCCGUUCGUCCGGGAGACCGUGGUGAGCCUGGUCUGCCUGGUUUCCGUGGCGAGCCCGGCGACAUGGGAGAGCCAGGAUUCCAAGGAUUGGUGGGACUUCGCGGUGUGACCGGAUAUCGUGGUGACCAGGGCGAAGUGGGCUACACUGGAGCCGAUGGACAGAAGGGACCACGUGGUGACAAGGGUUUCAUCGGCUUGACCGGACUUCCUGGUCUCCAGGGUCUUCCCGGACCGCAAGGUGACGCGGCGCCCGCUCCGCCGGCGCCCAAGAGCCGUGGCUUCAUCUUCGCCCGCCACUCGCAGUCCGUCCAGGUGCCACAGUGCCCGGCCAACACGAAUCUGCUGUGGGAGGGCUACUCCCUGUCUGGCAACAUAGGCUCCGCCAGGGCUGUGGGUCAAGACCUGGGUCAGUCCGGCUCCUGCAUGCAGAGGUUCACCACGAUGCCCUACAUGAUGUGCGACUUGUUGAACGUGUGCCACUAUGCCCAGAACAACGACGACAGUCUGUGGCUGUCCACCGCCGAGCCCAUGCCGAUGACCAUGACACCCAUCGAGGGCAGGGACGUCGAGAAGUACAUCUCGCGUUGCGCGGUGUGCGAGACCAAGACCAGGGUCAUUGCCCUGCACUCGCAAUCCAUGUCCAUUCCGGACUGCCCCGGCGGGUGGGAGGAGAUGUGGAACGGCUUCAGUUACUUCAUGACCACCUUGGACAACGUUGGAGGCGUUGGACAGAACCUCGUCUCCCCGGGCUCCUGUCUGGAGGAGUUCCGCGCCCAGCCGGUGAUCGAGUGCCAUGGCCACGGACGUUGCAACUACUACGAUGCAAUUGCCUCCUUCUGGUUGACCGUGAUCGAGGAGCAGGAUCAGUUCGUGCAGCCAACCCAGAGGACCCUCAAGGCCGAUCAAACCAGCAAGAUCAGCAGGUGCACGGUUUGUCGUCGUCGUGGUGAAACCCUUAUUCCCCGUAAUACAGGCACCUAUGACUAUAGGUCAUCCUGGUCAUCUGACAGUGCUUCAAGACCCAGCUCGCAGUCCAGUACUGGAUCAUCAUCAGGUAGAUCUGGCUGGUCCUCUGGCAGCAAUGCAGGUUCCCCAUCGGGAUCCAGCUGGUCUUCGGGCUCUUCCGCUGGAAGAUCCAAUCCAGGAUCUAACUCAGGCUGGUCUUCCGGUUCCUCCGCUGGAGGUUCCAAUCCGGGAUCUAACUCAGGCUGGUCUUCCGGCUCCCCCGCUGGAGGUUCCAAUCCGGGAUCUAGCUCUAGCUGGUCUUCAGGCUCCCCUGGACGUGCCAGUCCUGGAUCUAGCUGGUCUUCCGGCUCUCCGGGAGCUUCCAAUCCGGGAUCUUACUCUAGCUGGUCUUCCGGCUCCCCUGGAGGAUCGAAUCCGGGAUCUGGCUCAGGCUGGUCCUCCGGCUCCCCCGGACGUGCCAGUCCUGGAUCUAGCUGGUCCUCGGGCUCUCCUGCAGGAUCACAUCCGGGCUCGGACUCCAACGCUGACUGGAACUCCGGCUCCGGCUGGAGCACAGAUCCCCGCAACCCCGCCGCAUCGAGGAACCCCUCCUCGACCGCACAACGACAGCCGUACGCGCCGGCCCCAUCGAACUACUUGAACGGAAGGUACCAGCAGAGACCGCGCCCGAGCAACCUGCAGACCUACAACGAGUACGGUCGCUAUGGGGGCGAUACCCGCCAGUACAACCGACGCCCGCGUGAGGACACCACCGCCCCCUAGGCUGCAGAAUUCGCACUAAGUAGCAGUUAAAUUUUUGUCUUAAGUCUAUUGCUAUCCUAUCACGAUAACGAUAACGAUCUAAACCAAAACCAAAACUAAAACUAAAACCCAACCCCAAAUCAAUCAACCGAAGAAACAAGAAAAACUCCAAAGCCCACUGAACAGUGCCAUUUUCCGUGGAGAUGUAAUCUAAUUACGUGGACACCCAAAGCUUAAAAUAUAUUACACAUACCAAAAAUUACACAUGAAAAUUGAGAAAGGGGACGAGAAGAGUAACCACUGCCUCCACUGCAAAGACAGUAAGUCUUUUGCCUCUGUUGGGAUUAUUGUAAACGUAACAAAACCAAAAACAAAACCCAGUUUUUUGAUAAAUAAAAUUUACAACACAUAAAACCAAUGCA